AUGAAAGUUUAUGAGAUUAAUGAAGUCUACUUUCUAGUGGAUAAACAAAAGGAUGUCCAGACGGUGAUAGCCUUCACGGCAGAUCAGCCCAUGCCUCACAUCUAUCCACUUGGAGCAAGCCUUUUGACCGAAGAAUUUCUGGCAAAGGCGACACUGUGUAUAGAUGAGAGCUUCUUUUUGGGGUGCCUUCUCUUUCCAAGCGCUUGUGUCUACUACUUUUAUGGUGCAGAGGUGCAGACCCUAUCGCUUCGCCUUUCCUGGCAAAUAGAGCGAGCAAUCCCAAAGCAACUAUUUAAAGAGACCGAAGCCUUGGCAUUCUUCAAGGCUCUGCGGGCUCAGAAUUGCCUCUCAACACAUGUUCAUUCCUCUGCUUUUCCUACCCUUCCAGAGCUGACGUUCUACGCCAUGUUUUGUGAUACAGAUGCCGAGGCGUUGCGAAAACUUAAUAUUGUUACUCGGUUUUCUAUCGGCUACAAAGGUGAACACAUAUACAUGGGGAGAGACUGGAUAUCUGGUCAGAAAGAAAGGAAAACAUCUAUUCUGUACUAUCUCUCAUGCAAUUUAACUGACGAUCGGGCUUUUUGUGAUGGCACAUCUAAUACCCGACAACUGCCCCUGAUCACUACCAACUAUAACGAAGCUUUGAUCGACCAGGAGGAUCAAAGUGUUGGCAACUUUGUAGAGCAACUAGCGACGCUUCUUACCUGCCGGUCCCAGAGGAUCAGGCGGUUAUACUUCGCGAAUAAGAAGCACUGCGAAGCUCUCGGCCCAGCUCUUUCUAAGUACGGUCUCACCCCGGUCAUUGAUAGAGAACACGCAGAGCUAAAGGUUGAGUUUGCCAUACACCCCCUUAUCCUCGGUCUCACAACAGAUUACCAGUUAUUACUGGACAUGCUACUAGAGCAAAUCAACGCAUUCGGAAACUCUAAGGAGAAAAGACUCAAUCGUGUGUUGACUGCAGCAACUGUCAACGACUUGGCUGAGCGUCUCCUACUCCAGCUCGAUACAAAAAACUUGCGAUCCUCCUAUUUGAGUAAGGAAGUAAAGCCCUCUUCAGACAAGCAAUCACCUUACCAGCAUAAGGUACUCAGCUAUGCGCACAGACUUGUAUCUGCCAUGUCAGCUGUAGUGCGUCCAGUUUCAUUUGCUCCUUUCGAUGAAGCCCCUCUUGGCCCAAGCGGUAAGUCGGUGUACUUUCAGUCUAAUAUACCUGUGUCGUCUGCCAAACAGAUUAUCAUUUACUGUUCUCAUCUCAGUCUGAGGACCCCUACUGGGAGAUCUUUAGGCCUGUCCGACCAAGUGCCUCCGCAUACGAUUCCAAGCAUAAACGUAUUUAUCAGUAGCAAGAGGUGUCCAAGCAUAUGGUACAAGCUAUAUGAAAGUCAUCAGGUAGGCCUCCACGUGUCUGUCCCAGAUCUGAACAUGAAGCGAAGCUCCGUCAUACAGGAAAGCAGUCAGGACAGUAUUCCGCAGGAGUAUUUAUUCUUCUCUCUAAUAUGUGAGAUAUCGUGGAGUGACUCUUCUCUGAUCGCUGGGGUAAAGACUCCCUUUGAUUUCGAUCUUGUUCGAGUAGACCAGCCGGAAGGCUCUCAGUUUAUCAUCUCUCACCUCGUUGUGCCAGGAUUUAGUGUUGAUGCAGGACUAUCCUUGUGCAGUGCGCCACCCAUCACCGAAGCGACCCUCAAUACCACUUGUCACCUGAUAACUGUACGCCACGCACUCAGUGCUCUUGUAACCUCAUUGCUGGCCGAUAAUGGUCGCUCUAAGUCUAACACUCAAAUAUCCAUGUCUAAUUGUUACGCUGUAGCACGGUACAUGAAUGGAGAGUCAGCUAUGCCUACUAUCAUAUCAACUCUGACAGCGUUGAUGCUAAGCCAGGAGCAAAGUAUUGCAGCUACAUCACAACCUCUGCUAAUGUCGAUUUAUCAACGUGCCCAGCGGUUUGUAAGUGCUGCAAAGACCAAAAGGAAAGGAGCUGGCAGCAAGCUAACGUGCAUAGGUGCUAUCAUUGACUCUCGAUGCAAUUUUUCCUUCACUCAUGGGCUGCUAAGUAUUCUGAGAGCCCAACUGCAUGAAAAGAAGGCCUCUAUUCCAUUGAUUAUGAUAGCACCAAAUCCCAUGAUUUUAGAAAUUAUUAGGCUUCUGGUUCUAUACACACCAGCACUAUUAGAGAACUCUAACGAACUGAAGAUCAUAUUUGGCACCACAAACUAUAAGAAGCUGUAUAAAUCUUCAUCUUACUUCAGCGACACUUACAUUAAGCUUGCUGCGUCUCUCUACAAAUUGGCUUCUUCAACGUUCCUAGCUGGAUUUAUUAGGUCAGACAGCAAUACAUUGUUCAGUAUUCUGUCUCCCCAAGUACGUAUUAAGAAUAGUCUGUAUGCACGUCUUCGUUCAGCAGCAGUUACAAAUACUCUGUCCCUGGGAGAAAUUGCUGAUAAGUUUGAGCAGAUGCUUCUUGAAUAUUUGCAGGAGCAGCCGACAGCGAUCGCAAGCAGUCUAAUUGGGCUGCCUUGCUCCAGCUGUGGAGCAUCUAUUAGCGAAGAUCUCAGAGGAGACCGAUGUGCAAAGUGUCAGCUACCAUUUUGCGUAUCGUGUUCACCUCUCCGUGAUCAGAUAUUUUAUUCUAGUUAUGAAUUUGAAGCGCCGGCAUCCCUUUGUCCGGAGUGUGCAGGUGAAGAGAGUCUUCUGGAACCAAUCUGCAAAAUCUUAGCUUCAGAUAAGACCAUGACGGAGUCUGAGAGAGCAUAUGCUCUGUUAGAGACAUUUGACCAAGAGCUGGCAAAUAAGCUCAAGAGCAGUAUAGACGAGACCUCUAUACUAACCAACCUUCCAGACGAAGACCCGACAGAGCUUACCAUUCUCGGCUCCUUUUGUGAGCAUCUUGCUCAUAAUCUGGCAAUGCCCGUGGCCAUGCGAUUGGCUGGCACCUGUGCCCAGCUUCACUUACAGAAUGGCUGUGUGUGUACACAUAUAUCUCAAGACGAGUCUUCUGCUGACGAGUCUUCUCCCAGUGACUGUUGCCAACAAACUCGAUUGCUAAUCAAGCCAGCAAGUCUUUUACAAAUGCUUUAUUUAGUAACCCCGUCUAACCCGUUUUCCGAAACAACAGCAAGACCUAGCAUCACUUCAAAACCAGAAGAAGCUUACAGCUGCAAGGAGAUCCCCGCAUUAUUAGCAGGAGUUCGCGUCUUCCAGUUUGUAUUGGAUGCACACUCGCCUCUUUCCACAUACUCCUUUCAGAUGAGCAUACCAGCAACCGACUACUACAUCAUUGGUGUUGCCGCAUCCACCAGAUCACCACAAGAGAAGCCCCCAACAAGGGUUGUCAGCACUGUGUCCUUGACGCACACCACUUCAUCAAUGCAGUGCGCUAACUUCAUUCCCAAGCCAGGUGCUAGUCUGCUUGAAUGUGAGGUAAAGCUCGCCUCUGGUGUACUGGCCAAGACUUCACGGCUAACCAGAUAUCUGGAUUCUACCAUCUUCUCGUCUGUGGUAUAUCCUCACAGGACCAUAAUCAAGCUUUCUGCAGUUAAACCCAACAUUAUUGUAACCUUUAAGUUUCCUGCUGCUCGAGCACACAAGAACGUGUCUUCUCAGCUGAUCGUUUACCAUCUUGCAUAUUUGUCUGAUAGCCCCCUAGACAGAGAGAAAAGAAGGGCUCGCGAGGGGUUGAUCCAGCAGGCGUCAGAUGGUAUUGUUACAGCAAUACAGAUCUUCUCAUUGCCCCUGCUCAGUGUCGUUACCAAGAAAGAGCUAACAUACCAGCUCCCCCUCAGCUUGCGAUCGGCAAAAUCGACAAUGCGGCUCCUGUUUGCUAGUGCUGAGCAGCAUACUAUCACAGAGAUCUCCGAAGCUGUCUAA